CGUCAGUAACCCAAGUCGGUCUAAAGAUAAAAUAACUUUACCAAAAUACCCUUGAAGAAUCCGUGACCGAGAGUAACACUCUAAACCUCACUUGAAUCGUGCCUCUUCUCCGUCAAACCGGCAACGGAAAAUCUUCAGAAGAUUUAUACCUCAAACUUCGCAGAUGAAUUUCAACUCAGUGUUUCAAUCUCUCACGGAGCUUUUUCCACAGAUUGAUGAAAGGAUACUAAGAACAGUUGCAAGGGAGCACCCAACGGAUGCUGAUGAAGCUGCGGCUGUUGUUAUCUCGGAGGUUGUUCCUUUAUUUCCCCAAGAAUGGGAAGUUCAUGUUCCGAAAAGGAAACUCCAUCAUCUUCCUCUCUGCAAAGAGCCUGAAACGCAACAUGAAGACGCUCUGUCUCAAUGGCUUCAUCCAUCUCACCUUCCGCAGAGUUACCUUGCUUUGCUCAACGAAGAAGAAGAGGAAGAAGAAAAAUCAACACCUGAUUUAAAACCUCUUCUCGAUUACGCUGUGAAGAAAGUGGUUCUUCCGAGUCGUGAUGCAGCGGCUGGUGCACGACGAGAAGUCCGAACCAUAUACUCAGCCUCUAACAACACUGCUUCUUCCGUGGUCAAACCUUCUAUCCGUGUGCAAAGCCAAACCAACAAUGAACAACUCUCUGGAAGUAGCAGCAAGGUUCCUGUGGCUGGACGUUCCUCACGCAAGGCGGCGCACCCAUGGUCUAACUACUCUGAGAAGCUGAGAAGUUGGAAAAAACGAAGCAGUGACUUCUCACAGCUUCAUGGCCAAUGCAAAUAUGUACCCUCUUGGCAAUCUAACCAAAGCAACUGCAAAAGUUAUACCACUGAGCGUGAGCGCAAGCAGCGAAUUGAUGACAACAUCAAGGCAUUAGCGAAACUGCUCCCGCAUGAAGUCAAGGAAGAUAGCUCUGAAGUGAUACUGAAUGAAAUUGUUGAUCAUGUGAAGCUUCUUCAGCUAGAGAUGAAGGAACUAAGUCUAAACAGGUUGGGAGGAGAACCAAUAUCUCAUCCUAUGACGUUCAUUGAGGGAUUUGGUCACUACAUCCAUCACGAGGAGAUGAUGACAAAGCCUCUGGAGGAAAUGAUGGAAGAUCUGCUCGCAAAUGAUCCUGAUGCUGCGGCUCGCUUGUUGGAGAGCAAAGGCCUUUACUUGAUGCCUUUGUCCUCAGUCCAAGACUUGUGCUGAAUCAAACACAUAAAAGUUAGUGGUUACGAUAGUCUUACAAAGUUAUUAGGACACUGGUUUGUUUGUUGAAUCAAUGGUAGUUUUGUCAACAUACUAAUUUCAGUACAUGUUUAGGAACGUUUAUAUCAUCGUUAUUAGAUCCCCCCAGCAAAUCAAUAACUCAUCUACA